AUGGUUGAUCUCGGGGAGCUGCUGCAUGGCAACUACUCGAUCUACCAGCUCGAGCCUGGCGGGUUUCAAACAAGCUCGGGCGAAAUUGUCAAUACGACGCAUUUGUCGCUCUAUUUUGCCAACGUUUCUGAUUUGGAAGGACUCCACAAGUAUUUGCAGUCUAACGGACAAUUCUUCAGUGAUACAAUUCUGCCGUCCACAAGAGACAGUUUCAUGGACUCGGUGCUGAUUAUCAACUUUGUGAUGUGCUCGGUGGCGGUGGCAUCGUGGUUGCUGUUCAUAUUGGCGAUUCUGGCCUCCGGACGACGGCCGUGGUACUUGCACCUCACCACGUUUGUUCCGGCCGUGUUUGCGACGCUGGCUCUAGUGCGAUUGAGCGAUAUCAUGCAGAACCAGUUCGAGAACUGCUACCAGGACCAGGCCGAGGUGGUAACCAAGCUGUUCAACCAACUGUACGCCCAGAUCCCGUUCUGCGUGAUCCGGUUCAUGAUAUGCUACAACUGGUACUAUGUCUGUGAGCGAAUGGUGCUGGAGUUCAGCACCCGGACUAGUUCCAACGGCGGCAAGCUGUAUCGCGUGCUGCUGGUGACAAACAUCGCGAACGCGCUGCUGAUGACGGCUGCAGUGGCCUUCAACUCGGUGCACUAUUUCCUGAUUGCAGAGCAGAUGCAGAAGUUCAAGAUUUGGAUCAACCUUGUUGCGCUGGUGCUGACGUGCAUCGUUUACGUGUACAUCUGGAGUGUGGCGACGCUAUUCUGGAUGUUCCGGGUCGAUUUCGACUUCAAGCUGCAAACGGUGGCAUGGCUAAUCAUCACGGUUAUCAGUUUCUGGCUCAGCACGGCGCUUCAAAUUGUGCGUUUUGUCAAAGUGAAACGCGACCCCAAGUGGCUGUUGCCGCUAAACCUGUUUUUCGAACUGCUGGCGAUCCACCUUAUCGUGGAGUUCAUCACCAGCCUCGAGAACUAUAACCACCAAACAGAGUCUCGCAAUAUCGUCGGGCGAGAGACCGUGGCUGUGCAGCAGAAAGAGAGCUCGGGCCCAGCAACAGAAAGCGACGCACUCGAGUUUGACGUCGAUAGCGAUGCGGUUUCCUCUUUGGGCGAAAGUCGCCUAGUCCACGAGAGAUAG